UACAUCACUUGUCGGUGACAUUGACACCACUAACGCAAAAUUUUCCAAUCUUUAGUCGACUUAAUUUCUUAAUUUGGCGUCCAGCACCAACAGAAUAAAAACCCACGUUGAUAACAUUCUUGAAUUGUGUGGUUUACUGCAGAAAUAUUCAAAGUGAGAUUCUUCUGUAGCUCAUAAAACAAAGAUCAAAGAGGUUGUGUUUGUUUAACUGUUGAUUUCCUGAAGUAAAUAUAACGAGCCGACAGCUGCCCCGCGAAUGUGAGUUCAUUUUCUUAAUUAUGAUCUGCGUGUGUAGUUUUCGAUGAAACUAUGACUAAUUGAUCGUAAGUUAUCUGUUUGUUCUCGUUCAUUUUGUUGAAAGACUGUGUGAUCGAUAUUUUCCCGAGUCGUUAAUUAGAUUGGUUUUCAAAAAUUAGGGUUUCAAUCUAGAUAAAUCUAACUUAAGACGAUCAACAAUACCCAUGUUUUGGAAUGUUUUCCAGAUUAAGGAUUCAAUCUGCCAAUGGUGAAAAAAGUAAGAUGAUCAACAAUACUUAUGAUCAAGAAGGUUAUGCCAAACGACAAAAGCUAUCAAACCCUAAUAUGAUCUCGAGACAAUACGCAGGUUUCCAGAAUCCAAGAAUUGUGAGGGUAUCACAGGCUUUCGGAGGAAAAGACAGGCAUAGCAAGGUUUGGACAGUUAAAGGAGUGAGAGACCGAAGAAUUAGGCUUUCCAUACCUACAGCUAUUCAAUUAUAUCACCUUCAAGAUCAGCUCGGGUUAACUCAACCGAGCAAGGUGAUAGAUUGGUUGCUUGAUGUCACUAAAGAUGAUAUUGAUAAGCUUCCACCCCUGCAAAUGGCACAAGAAGAUUUCAAGCGAUUCCAUCUUCCACCCACUAUUGUUCCUCACAAUUUCAAUUCUACACAACUUACUUUUUCUCCACUCUACAACAGUACUCCCAUUAAUGAUCACCAGAGAAUGGAAGGGAAGGAAGCUAUACUUUCUUUUUCUCCAUUCUUCAAUACUCCCAGUUAUGAUCAUCAAAGAACGGAAGGGAAGGAUGUUAUCAUAGAAAACAAGUGGAAUUCUUACAAUUAUCAGGACUCUGAUCAGCAGUUUUCGAACCUAUCUUUAUCAAGAUCUGAUAAAAAACUAGAUACUUACACAUCGCUAUUCCCUUCUUCAUCCGCUCCUCCAUUCGAGCCACAUAUUUUCUCGUGUUUUUCUGGCCCCGCAAAUCCUUCAUUCUUUCCUCCUUACGUAAUGCCAUUUGAAUUGUUGAGCUCGAGUUCUCCAUGCGUACCACCGAAUUCUCUUGUGCAGGUACCCCUCAACCUCAUCGACACUCAAGUGAAAGUACCGUUCGGGUUGAAUAUGAAUUCUAAGAUUAGUUCACAAAGCAAUAAUAACAAUGGUUGAUGGCUUAGCAUUUUGAAGAAGAGACAAAUAUCAAAUAUGUAAGUACGUAAUAAUUAAUGUUUCUCGUAAUGAAGUUUGGUGUGUAACUGGGUCGAUUAAUAUUAAAGAAUCAAUAUUUCCGACAAACAUAUAUUGUACUCGCUCUAAUGUGAUGAGAAAUACCAGAACUACAAUAAUGGACGAUUAUAAUAUAAAUAUAUCAAGAGAAAUAAGUUGGUAUGUAUAUAUAUUUUUAUCAUUUAUAACAAAUGAUGAAUAUUCGUGCAAAAUUAUAGUCUUUGCAAAAUAUUACUAAUGUUUUGUUUGUAAUGAAAAGGUACGUUACGUAGCUUCACCUAAUCAUGUACAAUUUGUGUUAC